AUGCAGGCACGGUCAGUGAAGGAGGCAGCGCCUCCAGAGGUGGUGCAACGGCGACUCGAGCAGCACACCUCGCCAGCGCAAAUCAUCCAGCAUCGUGGGGAGACGCUGGUGGAGGAGCACCUGAAGCAGGAGUUCGUGGACAUCCCCGUGAUCACCGAGGAGGUGCGGUACCUCGAUGUGCCUGACAUCCGGGAGGUUGAGAAGAUCGAGGAGGUGCCCCAGGUGGUGCCCGUGCCCUUCGAGCAUCUGGUGGAGGAGAUCGUGAAGGUGCCCAGGAUCAUGAAGGAGGAGCGUGUCAUCCAGAGACCGGUGGAAGUUUUGGUUGACGUGCCGGUGCCGCAGAUUGUGGAAGAGGCGGCGGCGGGCAGCAGCCGCGGGCGGCAGCCUGGGCCAAGGUGA